CUUCACGGAGCCUCAAGAACCACACCUCGUAGACUGUCUAUAUGUUACCCUUCCAUGGUCAUCACUGGUUGAAGAUGCAAGACCAAGAUUUCGAGCACCUGAGUUUACCUUGCGCCGUGGCAUUGGCAACGGAAGCUAAUUUUACCAAUAUGGAUCUCUUCGAAGAGUACUUUUCUCCUGCAGCCUUAUCUGCAGCUUCACCGUUCGUCGAGCCAAAGACAACUACACCCGUUGAAAUAUCGUCUCAACAUCCGUUCGUCUUCCAAGAAUUCCCAUCCGGACAACCGGGAGUCCGAGAGAUGGCAAGACAGCAAUGGGAGACGUUCAAGCCGCUGAUCAAGCAGAUCUAUAUCGACGAGAGCAAGCCAUUUCCCUAUCUUGCGAAGAUUCUCCGGGAUGAAUAUGAUUUUGAGCCAACAAAGCGACAAUUUUCAAGGCAAGUCGAGAAAUGGGGAUUCCGGAAGAACGUCACGCAGUGAGAGCGCGCGAUCUUGCCAAGUCUUCUUAGAAGCGUGAACGAUCCGGUGCCUCAGCUAGUUGAUCGUAGAUUGAAAGCCGGGAAGUUGAGGAAUUGGAGAAGGAGAUAUCGUGAGGAGUUGAGUGAGAGAUCGUCGAUUCUGUUGCCAGAAUCUGACAACUCAGUUGGCUAUAGCCCUCG